ACUUGAGGAACCUUGCUGAGCAGCGGAUCUGAAGGGAGAGGGCUUGGGAGCCAUGGGGUAGAAGAAGCCUUCAUAUACGGGCUGGCUGGGAGCUGAACUGACACACGCUCUCCUCAAGGCAUACUUCAUCCAGUGACUGACCAAGGCUUACACAACACGAGAAGUGCAACAUGAGUAUGCGUAGAGCAGUAAGUGGCUGUGUGCUGGUGGUCUGUUUGGUAGCCAUGAUGGUGGAGAGCACAGAGGGACACAUCACCUUCUUCAGCCCCAGAGAGAUGAUGCUGAUGAAGGAGAGAGACGGUAAGAAGGUUAUGGAGCCCAGAUCAGAAGAUGGUCAGUUCCAAGAAGCUUCCCUCCCAGAGCUUUCGGAGACUGAAAGUGGAGGAAAUCCUGACAGGACAAUUGAGAUUGCUGUGCGCCUUUCAGCCCAACAGUUAUACCAUGUGACUCCCGUGCUGGAGGAGAUCAUCCGUGAAAUAGCAGAGGAACGAGAGAAGGUUAAUAAGUGAAACCGAAAAAGAUGAAAGGACGACUUUUAUUUUUUACCAAUCAACACUUAAUAUGUAUACAUUUGCAAAAAUCAACCAAUAAAAAGGAGAAUGAUUGUGUCA